UCGUUCUACAGCACCGAGAUUUCGAGCGAAGCGAACGCCAAUGCCAUCAAUUCAUCCCGGCAAUUAUCAUCAAUUACUGCCAUCUCGAAUCGAAGGAUGGGUCGCAGGGGCAAUACAAUUUUUAAAUAUGGAUCGAAAGAGCUGGGAUGCUCUGAAGUUGGAGCCGCUCGUGAUCAAACGAAAGCGUUCCGUGACAGUGCGAUCAAGUUGCCUUUAGUGCUAAUAGACAUGCUGCUUUCGGUC